AUGGGGUUCUGCUGGGACUGGAGCAGGGAGUGUGGGCCUCACGGCAGAGGCUGGGUGGGCCCCACAGUGCUGCUCUGUAUCUAUGGCUUCUGCUCAAUGAUGAGGCCCUCUGAGCCUUUCCUCACGGACUACCUCACUGGGCCAUACAAGAACCUCACCACCAAACAGGUUACAAGGCAAGUGUUCCCAGUAUGUGCGUAUUCCAACCUCUUCCUACUCAUCCCAGUCUUCUUGGUGACAGAUAUCCUGAGGUACAAGCCUGUCAUCGUCCUCCAGGCACUCAACUACAUUUUGGCAUUUCUGCUGUUCAUCUUCAGCUCUGGUGUGGUGUUGACUCAGUGCGCCCUCUUCAUUUACAGUAUGGGCACCGCAGCAGACGUGGCUUACUAUUCCUAUAUCUACAGUGUUGUCCACCCCCAGUAUUACCAGAGAGUGACUAGCUAUGCCAGAGGGGCUGUGCUACUGGGCUACACAGCGGGAGCCAUGUUGGGUCAACUCUUGGUGUCCCUGGGAGGGGUUUCCAUCUACUGGCUCAAUGUCAUUACCCUGGGAUCCCUCUGUGUGGCUCUGUUGGCUGCCCUCCUCCUGCCCAUGCCCCAGAGAAGCCUGGUCCUGGGGGGGACUCAGAAUGAUAACGGCCCAUUCGAGGAGGUUGUGUCCAGUUCAUGUGUAUCCUGGGUUGUGUGGUGGCUGAGGAAGGGGAGGAGGACCGGGAUUGGGGAAAUGAGAGCUCUGAAGAGGUUAGCGGUGGAUUGUAAAGAGUGUUACUCCUCUGUGGCCGUGCUGUUCUUCUGUGUGUGGUCAGCCAUGGGGAAUUGCGGCUACCACCAGAUCACAGGCUAUGUGCAGCUCCUCUGGGCAUCCAAACAGCCCCAAUACAACUUCACAGAAUACAAUGGAGGGGUGGAGGCUGUCGCCACACUCUCAGGGGCGGCAGCCUCCAUAGCUGUGGGCCAUGUGUCACUGGACUGGUCAGUGUGGGGAGAGCUGGUCCUGGGUGUGUUUACUGCUCUGACUGCUGGAGUUCUUUACCUGAUGGACCUGACCAACAGCAUCUGGAUCUGCUACGGCUGCUACGGACUCUUCAAAACCAUCUACAUGGAGCUCAUCACCAUCUGCACGUUCCAGAUAGCCCAAGGCUUGAGCAGGGAGCGCUAUGCCCUGGUGUUUGGUGUAAACAGCUUUGUGGGCAUGGCCCUGCAGAGUCUUCUCACAGCCAUUGUAGUCAACACCAAGAGCCUGCAACUCACCAUCACCUCACAGUUCUUGGUCUAUGCCAGUUACUUUGCUGCCAUGGUCGUGAUGUUCCUUAUCAGAGGAGUGUAUACUCUUCUCCAGAGCCGAUUGAUGGAGCUCAUCCCAGCUGAGGGCCAAUCAGAGAGAAGAACUGACCUGCCACAAGUCUCACCUCUAGCCUGA